AUGUCCGAAAAGCGCGACUCCCUCGUCCCCGUCUCCUCCGAGAAACCCCCCUCUCCUCAACGUCGCCGCUCCUCCAUCCGCUCUCCCUCGCACCCCUCUGCUCCAACCUCCCAGUCCGGCCUGGACGGCGGCGGCAUCACGGGCCUCCCUCCUCCAGCAGUUGCCUUCGUCCCACCGGGUACAUCCUCCAAGCUCAAAGUCCGCUGGCAAAAGCUCAAACGACGAAUUGGGAGCGGAUCUGCACCGUCGGAGAGUCUGGGAGACCCGACUGCUACGACCGAGUCGGAUAACGGGAGCUCGUUUGGAGCGGCGAAUAGUCGACGCGUACCGAUUUUUGGACCGAACGGGGAGAGGGACGACGAGGUGCAGGAGGUGGACGAGGUCGUGGUUGAACAGACCAACGACUACGAUUGUUGGAAACGGACUACUCUUCCCUCGAAUACGGCCAGUCAUCGCGGGGGUGCGACGGGAACGGGGACGGGGACGGGCGUAGGGACUGGGCAGGUUGGGACGAUGCCGAGUGAUGCGAGCAGUUUGAGGCAGACGGCGUAUGAGGCCUCGGGACCUUUCGAGGCCGUCUUUGGGUUCGCGAGGUACAGGGUUUGGCCUAUCAUGACCCGGUUCUUUGCGCCAACCUACCACGACCCGUCAGUCGAAGACGCCUACCAGAAAGAGAUCUGGUACAACUCGAAAGGCUCCCACAUCGUCGGCGCGUGCUACCUCAUCUUCAACUGGGUCCUCACCCUCGCUCUCUUCCCCCGGCCCUUUUCGCUCUGGAACAAGAUCCAACUGUACGGACUCGGACCGGCGACGACGAUCCCGCUUGUCGGACUCGCGGCGUUUGAUGUACCGCGCAGGAGGGUCUGGGUUUGGCAGGCGUGCGUGUGGGUGUCGAUUUGGAUCGCGAGUUUUGCGAACCCGCUCGAUAUGUACAUCUGCGGGUACUACCUCCCGACGGGCAACUGUCACGGAAAGGACUACAUGGCGACCUUGUACUACGUCACGGCCCUCCCGACCGUUGCGCUCUUCGCCCUCGGCCAAAAGCGCAUCUGCGCAAUCAUCUUCGACCUCGCCUGGCUCAUCUUUGUCUCGUCGACGAUCCUCCCUCGCCGCGCGUCGUGGGCUCGAAACGUCGUCAACGUCCUCCUCUUCCAGGGAUUCAUCCUCUUCCUCCAUUACUUGAGGGAGAUGGGCGAGAGGAGGGUCUAUACGAUGCGCGCCGAGUUGAAGAUCAGCUUCAAGGCGAAGCAGAGGGCGCAGAUUAACGAGCGGAAGCAGUUGGAUGCCAAGCGGAGGUUCUCGUCUUACAUCUUCCACGAAGUCCGCGUCCCGCUCAACACGGCGCUCCUCGCCGUCCAGAACCUGAAAGGCCUCAACGUCUUUGACGACGAUUCCGAGCACGCAGUCGAAUACAAAGCCCUUGAGGGUUCGCUCGCCAUGAUGUCGCAAGUGCUGAACGACGUCCUCGACUUUUCGCGCAUGGAGCGCGGCGGUUUCUCGUCUGUCGCCCGCCCGUUCUCCCUCCACACGUUGAUGAGGAGCAUCAUCGUCCCCCUGAGGCUCGACUGCGCAGCGAGGGGUCUCUCGCUCGACACGGACCUCGACAAGCGCAUCGACGAACUCGCAGUCCAGGCGGCCUACCCGGACGAAGACCCCAAGCUCGUCAAGGAGGGCGAGGGGACCGUCAUUGGCGACGAGAUGCGCCUGCGACAAAUCAUCGGCAACCUCGUCUCGAACGCGACAAAGUUCACCACCUCCGGAGGCAGGAUCGGGAUCAAGACGUCGCUGAUUUACCCGCUCGAGGACUACGAGACGCCGCAGAACUUGCCCAGCGCGGCAGAGUUGGCGGGCGAGGCGGACCUUUCGGACGCGACGGAGGCGACUUAUUCGCCACGCUUGACGCCGAACCGCCUACACCAGCACGAGGCCAAGACGACGCCUCAGCCGAAGGAGAUGCUCGUCGUGCGGUUCGAGAUCUCCGAUACGGGCGCGGGGAUCAAGGCGAGCGACAUGGCUGAGAACAGGUUGUUCUCGCCGUAUGUCCAGACGGCGUUGGGUCGCGAGCAAGGCGGGAAGGGAACGGGCUUGGGACUGUCGCUCGUCAGGCAGAUCGUCAUGCUCUCGGGCGGACGACUCGGCGUGCGCUCCAAGUACGGACACGGCAGUACCUUCUGGUGCGAGUUGCCCUUCGCCCUCCCCCAGCCCACGGGCGAGCGCCUCCAGCGCAAAUCGAGCCCGACGACCCUCUCCGACAAGUCGCCCGACACGACGCCCGGCAGCGACUCGUCCGUCCACAACGAGUUCCGCUUCGUCAGCUCGCUCCGCAAGCGAUCGAGCGACCCGACUCUCGACAGUAUCGACGAGGGCUCGCUCGCGCCCGCCCGUCCGCGCGACUUGUCCGUCUCGACGCAGGCAUCGACGUUCCGCUACACGUCCUCCGUCAGUCCUUCCGUCCCGCCUUCUCCCGCUCCGAUUCCCGACAGCAACAGCCCGACACCGCUCGCUUCAUCGCCCAGCACCAGCAGCGCGUCGUUCUCUCCCCCAGUCUUUGGCCAACCUUUCUCCCUCGUCCCGCACCGCCCCGAAAACCGCACGCAGAUCUCGUCACAGUCUGCACCUGCAGGCGUCACCCUCGCCCCGCCGCAGAUUUCGGCGCCCAUCGUCUCGGCCGUCCCGCUCGCCUCUCCCGCUCUCGCCGCGCAGACGCCCUCUCCGCUCGUCCCGAAGAAGCCGGGCACGACCAAGCUCGACUUUGCGGACGGACCGCUCAAGGUCCUCGUUGUUGACGACGAUGCCCUCACGCGUCGGCUCAUGAGUCGGAUGAUGAUGCGGCUUGGGUGCGAGGUCGAGACGGCGGAAAACGGGCAGAUCGCGCUCGACAUGAUCCUCGCGCCGCCGCCGGCUUCGGCUCGGCACGGGAUCGCGGAGGAGGACGAGCGGGAGGACGACGACAAGACGGUCGAGGGGCACUCGCAGCCGCGCUCGGCGGACGUGGACGUCGAUGCGGCCGAACGAGGCGAGGCAGCGGGUCCACGCCGCUCGGCGAGGAAGCAGAAAAAGGUCGGCUACGACCCGACGAUGGGUAUCGACGCUCACCAGCACUACUCGAUCGUCUUCCUCGACAACCAGAUGCCCGUCUGCUCCGGCGUACAAGUCGUCUCCAAGUUGCGCUCGCUCGGUCGCGAUGACCUCGUUGUGGGCGUCACUGCCAAUGCUCUCCUGUCCGACCAGGAGCAGUACCUCGAGUCGGGCGCCUCGUCGAUCCUCACCAAGCCGGUCAAGGAGGAAGACCUCAUCAAGCACCUCCGCAUUGCCGACAAGCGCCGCUCGGAGCGCAAGGACCCCGCAUUCCGCGCACAACGACAGGCUAUAGUCUCGAGCGGCCCGCACUUUCCGCCUAUUGAGGCGAUGAUUCCGGACGACGAAGACUGA